AUGGGAAAACCAAAAUUGAAUAAGGGGGCUGGAAAGCGAGCAAGAAGCAGCUCGGAAGACGAGGUGAGACGAUACAAAACGAAAGUUUUUGUGACAACACAGAGAAAAACAUUGUAGACAUGUCGUAAGGUUUAAAUUAAGUUUGCAUAUUGAUAUUUAAUCUUGAUUUUUAUUGUAUUUAGGAAAGAAAUCCAUCUCAGCAAACCAUCAAGAGUUACUUUAGCAAGGUAAACUGACCAAAAUAAAAUGUGCACAACAAUUCUGUUUACGUUACAAGAGCCUAACUUUUAACGUAUGUUGAAACGUGUAAAGGUCUCUCGCUCACCUGAAAUUCCACUGUUUUCACUUUCGGUUUCAACGCGACCGGAAGCAAAUGUCUAAGAGUUUUUUGUGUUUGUUUGUCCUUUAACGUAACCGUCAUUGUUAAGCUUUUAACAAAUAUCACAAGCUGAAGGCGAGUGAUGUACAAAAUUUUUAAGUGUUCCGCCAAAAUCCCCAAUAAGUGGGUUAGUAAUUAUGCUAGUUAACGGUGGUCUUAUGAUUUUAAAAAAAUCGUUUUGAGAGGUGUAAUAACCGACAACUUUUUUGGUAGUAUUUGAGUCAUUUCACAAACCUUCUUGAACAUACCCUAGAGGCAUACAGCAUUUUUGAGGAGAGUUUUUCCACAAAAGCACUGUUGGGUAGAUAAUUAGUUAAGUGGCAUAAGGAUUAUUGGUUGUCGACAGUUUCUUGUUCAAAUUCCUCACUACAUUGAUACAACAAAGAGAGUCCAAGUGAAGAUCCUUGGAUUCUUCAUCCUGAAAAAAUACAGCAUGAUCUUUGAUUUGCAAAUUGUAAACAGGCAUCACCAGUUUACUAGGAACAGGUACAGAGUAUAUGUUUAUGCCUACCUUUCAAGGUAUAUAUCAGUCAAUAUUCAAUCAUUAAACUGGGUCAUAGUUACUCAUUAGUUGACUGGUCAUCAACAGAUUGUCUUCGAAUAGUCAAUGCAUUGUUUGCAUGUGUUUAACCUUUAGGUGACCUCAAACAAACUUCACGUGCAGAUCACAUGUUGACUAAGAUAUUGCAGGCUAUUGAUCGAAUUUUUGGUGACCAUAAGUAGCUAUUAUUUAACUGUUGUGCUACUAGCAACUAUCAAUGGACUCUCCGCUAACAUCCUGAGUAACCAGUUUAUUAAGCAAGGCUACCUUGGGGUAGAAGGUACUCUCGGACAUCCUUUCUUAGAAUAAAGAGCCGUAAAAGUGACUAGCAUCCAAUUUUCCCUUCACAAUAUAACCCCUGAAUCAAACAUUUCAGUCACGGGAAUGAAGGAAAUGAUCAUCAACCAGAGAAGUUCUAGACUGUAAACCAAAUUUCCUUUUCAGCAUCUUAAGAGAACAGUGUGUAAAAUAUGCAUACUGAUGUAAGAGUGCAAAGGUUAAAGGGGAAGGAUGGUGUUACCUUAGUUUGUUAAAGGUAAACAGAGAUUUUUAUGAUUUACCAAACCCUCUUUCAGAUCAAGGAACCACAAACAAUGCUGUUCUUAUGAUCAUAAGUUCUAAGUAACAAAGUGAUAAAUUAUUUCUGUUACUCUGUAGGAGACCUGUAAACUUUGGACAACAGUGGGGCAGGAAUCUAAAGGUUUGAGCAAUUUUAUCUACCAUAGCAAAAAACAUUUUUAGCUUGCAGUGGGAUAAAGAAAUACGUUACUCUCAAGGAGGUUCACAACGUUUUUUAUGUUUAGUCAGGUUUCUUCAUCUUUGCUGAUGUGCCUCACAGUUCACAAUUUGUUCUCAUAUUAGAUGCAAUAUGUGUGACAAAACAAAAUAAUUUUAAAUUUUGUAUUUCUUUUGAGCAAUUUAGAUAUGACAUGCAAAUAUAUACUCAAAGUUCACUUUUCCUUAAAAAUCAGAGAAAAAUAAGAGCACAAAAAAACCUAACUUUGAACUACUCAGUCCCGGAGAUUACUAUGAAAAAUGUCUCCUGACUUUAUCAAUACUAAAUUUAUAAAAAGUAGAGAUUUGAUGAUAACUGCUUCAUCUUCUCCUUUAUCUCCUUGCUGAAUUGCAUGAGAAUCACAAGUAAUACCAGAAAGCAUGUUGGUAUGAACACACAGAAAAGAAACUACAGUAGAUGUCUAGACCCCAUAGAUCACCAGUACAAUAGCUCUUAUGAGUAACCUUGGUCAAGCAGAUGGCUAGUUGAUGGUCAGCUCACUCUGGAAAAAUUUAGUCCAUCUCUCAGUUGAGGUGUCUCCUAAUUACUGUGACAUGAAAAAGUCAGCUACAGGUAGUUAUCAAGAGAGUAGCAGUCAACCUUUAGAAAAUUACUUGUAUCAGGCUACUAUAAACCAACUACUGAAGGUGUAUUGACCUAUAUAUUGAUCAACUAUUAGUCACUUGGUAUUUUUUGUGUGUAAAUCAUGUCCCUGUAGGAAAUGGAAAAAGGAAGAGCCUCAAAUUAUCAACAAAAAAGGUAUGAUUGAGAAAGAUAAGUUAAACUAAAAGAUGCUAGAAAGAUAUUAUUCGAAUGUAUAAAAUUUUUCCCCAAAAUCCUGCUUCUAGGCCUUCUCCUUAUUUAUAAGCACUUCCUAUACUUUUGUAUACUUUUGUCAGAUGGGAACUCACUCACACACAAAGGGCACUGAGACAUUGAACUGUUAUUGAAAGAGAUUUCAUCUUAAUGUCAAGUCUAUGUCUUUUGUUUAAAAAUUUGUCAUUGCAAUCAAAGCUUUUGUACUGCUAAAAUAAUUUUUAGGUAGCAGCUGGGUUUUUUCUUGUGAACUUUUAAUCAGGGCAUUUAAUUUUUUAUUUUACAUCUUUUAAGCAGGUCACCAAAUGAUCCAUUGUAUUGGGCUGUAUGAGGGCUUAAAAGAGAGAUUGUUCACCAACUUAAGCAAAUUCUUUUACCAGCCAAUUUACAAAUGGUUUCUCCUAUGUGUCUAACUACAUGUACUAUUUGACUCACAAGAAAUGGACAAUGUGUCAGUUGGGUAAAGAUUAAACAGAAUUUUGUUUGUGAUAUAUUUGUUUUCUUAUGUAGACAGAAGUUAGAGAUGAAAUUCCUUUGUUUUCUAGAAAGAAGAUAAACUUAACACAUUGGUGACAAGAAGAAAUGACAAAUCAAGAAGUUCACCACAAAGUGGGAAAGGAAAAACUGAUCAAACAUGUUUUACAAAGAUUUUGAAACAAAAUGUUGUGUUAACACCCUUACCAAAGAAUAAACAGGCAAAGAGUAAUGGUGAAAUGUCAUCUUCCUCUUCUGAACCCAAUCAGCCUCCUUAUGCUCAUAAGAAAAAUGGAUACAACAAUUUUAAAUUGCCAUCACCAAUAUGCCAGCUAAGAAACAAGAAGAAUACCUCAAUAAAUGGAUCUAAGUGUAAUCUUGCAGUCAAUAACGUAAAAGAAAUAGUUAUCAAAGAUGAUGAUUUCAUUCCACCAACACCAUCUCCAAAUGGACAGCAUAGUUUUAUCAGCUGUUGUCCAGAAAGUACCCCAUUGUUGCAUGAUGAAAGCAGAGUGUCCAAGGUUCUCAACCACUCAUCUGCUGCAAAUUAUUACAAAACUGAGCUAAGUGAAAGAGGAUCUGCUAAAAUCAAAAAAGCAGUCUUUGUUGGUAAUGAUCCUAUUGAAGCAGAUGAUGACAAAAGGUUACCUGUCUCAGAUAUAUCUUCACCUCCACAUAACUAUGUUGAAGCUCAAAUGACAACACAAGCAACCAGUCGUAAAAAGUAUAAGCUUUCCAGGAAGGGGUUUAAGCCACCAAGGGUACUGUCAAGUCCAAUAAAAAAGAGCAACAUCAGUGCAUCAGUUGAUAAGUCACCAAAGAGUCAGUCACCCACAGGAAACAACGCAGGCUACCGGAAGGAGUCUGCUUCCAUUAUUGCACCAUCAAAGUGUGUUGUUCUAAGAUUGAGGAUGAAACGUUCAGCAGCCAGGGGAAGUUCUCCUAUGCAGAAGAGACUCUUAACAGAAUGUCCUUUGGAAGAAAAGGUAAUCAUUUGUUUUGAAUCAUAAUUAUGUACCAUAGGUAGCCUUUGGUCAAUAUAGGGACUGAUUGACAAUCAAUAUGUGAUUGUGAGUAAAUAGCUGAUUGGUAAUGGACUUAUCUUCAACCAGUAGGUAUACAGUUGUUGACUGACACUCGACUAAAUUGUCUUAAAAAGUUUUCUUAGCCAUUUUGGUUUCCUUUCUGGAUCUAUAAUGGUUUUUGUCAAUUGCUGUUACAGAGUACAGUGAGAUGUAACCUCUGGGACAGAAUAGAAGAAGAUUUACUCUCUAACUCUCCUGGAGAGAAUGGAGAGAAUGAAGGGCAACAAGCUGUAGAUCAUGAACAGUACCAUCUUGCAAACCAUUGGGUUGAAAAUAAAAAUGUGAUGAAACAGUACACCAUGGACACAAGCAUAGGAAAUUGCUCCCUUGAUGAAAAAUUACUGGAAUGUGAAGAAUUAUUUGAUGAAAGAAACCAUGGGGAAUCUCACAGUUGUACAAAUAAUAAUUAUGGUACAGAAGAGAUGGAGAAGUAUGACUCAAAUGUUGGAGGAGAUGUAAAGAGUCAAUUUAGAACUCCUAACAAAUCACAGUCUCAUCAAAUUCUGCAACCAUUCAAAUCUCUACCAUGCAAUAACUUGUCUGGGCAGUUGCUUACACCUACAAGAGCAGAUGGAAAUACUUCAGUGGACAGUCUUGCUGAUGCUAUGGAGUUGGAUAAUUUAUUGGAUGGUGUGGAAUGGUCGCCUAUGGUCAGCUUUCCUGAAACAUUUCACAUUUCAAGGUUAUUGCACAUACAUUUACUUCCUUCUAUUGAUUUCUCUAACUUACUUUUUCACUAAGAAAUAACAACAAGACAGUUCGACUUUGGGUAGUUUGGACAAUUUUUUUCCAUAUAAUGUUGAUUAAAAGUAAUUUGUAUCAUCAUGAAACCCCAGUUUCCCUUGCUCCAAAUCUGAUUACCAUAGGUUGAUUAAUGAUGACCUGGCCUGAUAUUUUCCAUCCUAACCUGGAUACAGUUAGAUAGGAACAUCAUAAUCAAUGUUCAGGAAAAGAAUUCUCAAUAUUUGUCCCUGGAAAAAUAGAGUCUCUUGAGACUUGAGAAAACAGAACUAAUCAUUCCUCUCGUAACCACAUUUUGAGUUGAUAUCAUAGCUUGCAUUUCUGAUAUCUCAUUAGGAGUGCAAGUUAAAGUUCCAAAUAAAUGAUAGCUUUCCAAGCAGUCAUUUAUUAUUUUGAUAGAAAUGGUCUGAGAGGAGGUGGGAAUAUUUUCCUUUCCAAUUUCCACCUUACCUUCCUUUCUCUUAUUGACCACCCAUAAGGCAGUAAUUGAUCACUCUUUCCAAGCUUCUUUUGCUUUGAGUAUCAAAGAUGACAGCCACUCAUUUUGGAGAUAAGUACUGGGCUUUCAACUAGUGAGAUAAAACCAAUGUAUUUUUGGAUAAUUUGCUGGCUUAUUUUCAUAUCAAAUAUCUAAAAAUUAUGGAAUGUUAGAGGCAUGUUAGUGCACUUGUAAGGGGUCACUUGAUGUCAUCUUGAAUGUUUGCACAGCCUAACCUCUGGCAUACUUUGUGAACAAUUUGCCAUUAAUUUUUGUAAAAAAAAGAAGCAGAGGUCCUAAUGGAGGAAAUAAAAUGACAUAUUCUGCAUGGUAUGCCAUUACAUAUUCUGCGUGAUGUGUCAUAACAAAACAAAAUUGAGACAUUUGCCUUGACUUCAUGUACCAGCACUCACAGUUGUCUGCCAUGUACUUUUGCUCCAAAUGGCAUAUGUAGACAGAGUAGUUAUGUAGCAAUUGUCUGAGGCUACCUUAGUUUGGGAGUCAAAUGAGCAGUGGGGAAAUGUACAUUCAAUCAUUAACAGAUAAGUGAUGAAAAUUCAUAGCUGAGGAAAACUGGACAGUUAACUCUGUUCAAUGCUCUCAGAAAGAAAGCCAAAGUAAAGACUCCUCAACAAUAAGAAGUUGGCAGCAAACUAUAUGAAAAUUUGGAAGCUCUAAUACCUGUUGAAAUAUUUCACUUUGAAUUUUGAGAAAAUAUCAAUAUUAGUGUCUCUGUAUUUCAAAUUUUGUUUCUUUCCUUCAGACAUAUGUGCAAGCUGUCAAAUAGCCAGUUUAAAAAAUUGUUGCUAAUGCCAUGUUCUUGUCAACCAAGGCUGAACUAUCUAAAAAUUUUAAACAACUUAGCUGUGUGUUUUAAGGAGAGGAAGAGUUUCAAUUUCUCAUUAAACUUGGUCCUUAAAAACUACUUUUUGUUCUUGAAAAGUCCUAGAAUUAGGUUUUACAAGGUUGUAUGAACCAUGAUGACAUUUGUGAAUGCAUUCCCAUAAAACCCCUUCAACUCCAACCAUUUUAUAAGGAGAGAAUUAUCAUAACUUACUAUCUAUAUGUAUGUUCCAUUUUUCAGCAACAGCAACAGCAGCUCAUGUAAAGCACUCUUCUCUCCUAUCAGAAACACAGAGCAGGCUAACACAAUAUCUAAGGAUCUCCGAAAUAAAUGCAACAUUACUCAUAUUACUUGUCACUCUGGAACAAAGGGCUACAGUCGUUUCUUAGUGCUGGAGGUGUCUCGCAGAGAACUACAAGGCCAGGAAGUUGUGACAAAGUAUGGAAGACAAUUACCAGAGAAGGUUCUUCGUUUAUUUGACGAAGCAUCUAGUCAAGAACAGUUCUGUAGUUUAAGGGAAGACUGGGAGAUGAGCGAAGUUGAACCUGGUGACAUUGUUCAUAUUACAGGUGUGUAUGUAUUUUUUUCCUCUAUCUUUAAUUACCAGACUUAGCAAAUAGUUAAUAACAACUAAGCUAGCGCAAACUUGUCCUGAUAAGUUUCCAACACUAAUUUCAGUUUAUAAUGCUGAACCACAUUUCAUAUUGGAUCAAGUGUUUAAAUUUGUGAUCUCUAAACAGGGUCAGCUGUUCAAAGGGCAGAUAAUGCUAUCCAACAGAUAAAUCACUAUUCAGUGGAUAAGUGUGGAUAGCGAUCUAUUCGAUGGAUAGUGUUAUCCAUCCUUUGAAAAACCAGGGCCAGUUCUAAAGCUUCACCAACCCUUUACUUUUUCCUAAUAUUGUUUUCUAUGGACACCACAUAAUUUUGGAUGUAAUGUUUUCUUUGACAGGAUCAUUUGACUCGUCAACAGCAACAUGUAUCCUUGAUAACUCAACUGAACACUAUCUUGUCAUUCACCCUGAUACUUUGGUAUCUGGAACUACCGUUUCCAUGGCAACCAAGUGUUUAAGGCAGGGCAUACUCAAUGAGCAAUUUCGCACUGAAAGCCAAAGUGAGGCAAUGUUGAUUGGAACACUUCUUCAUGAUCUGUUUGAUUUGGCCAUGGAGUUUAAGGGUUAGUACUGCUGAAUUUUAUGCUCAAAUUUCAGUAAGAAGAUGUUACAGACACAUGUUUGUCUUUUCAUUUGUAUUUGUUCUUUUUAACCCAAGACUAUUGUACAUUAUGGAGUCCUUAGAGUAUCUGUAAGUUGCAGGGUUUGAGUGUUUGUUAAAAAAUGCAGAAGCAGGAAAAUUUAUUGAAAAAAUAGGAGAAUAUUCUCCAUCUCUGAAUGAAAAAAAAUCUCAGCUUGAGAAUUCUCAAUAGAAGACUUAGAAUUUCACAGUUGUUUGUGCUUAAUAAGCACUGUGCAAGGUUUUUAAUAAGAGUAUUAUGUCACCAAAGGCUCUUCUUGCCAUAUUUACAUUUGGGAUAGUUUCCUUAUCAAGCAGGUGGUUCUUAGUCAAAUCCACAGUUAAUUCAACUGAAAGGAGAGAUUUGAAAUGUUUUCACAACAUAUGUUCGAAUUAGGGCUAACAAACUUUCCCCCCUUUUUUGGGUAACCCUGUCAAGUUUUCUCCAUGCACUUUCUCUGGGAAACAUCGCACUGAAAACAUUUAAAUGAAAUCGUUCGCUAUCUACAACGUUGAAGUUUUUGGCAAAUUUUCCAACAAUAGUGCACAAGUAAUUCAAGAAACCUUUUUUCUUCUUUUACAUGUAUUUUCAUGCUUCUUGUUAUGUGUUAAAUAUUUUUUGUCUUCCAAUGUUUUACCGUAAACUGCACGUUCAUGCAAUUGAUUUUCUAGUUAUCAGUCAGUUGUAAAGUCGCUUUGUCUCUUUAAAGAAUUUUCUCCAGAUGCACUUUUAACAAGAGCUAGAGGGCUUCUCCAGAGACUUUCUUACUUGGAUGACUUCUACAGCCUGGGACAGACAGAGAGUUGGGCCCUGGAAAAACUGAAGGAACAUAUUCCACUUCUCUGUGACUGGGCCAAGAAGUUUGUGGUUCCUUUUCCCCAACCUGAUCUGGGGGCCAUGGAUUUUAAGACCCCUGAAUUCCCACAUCAGACUGAGCAACCAAGUGUUUGUGUGUCAGCACUGAAAGACAUCGAAGAAAAUAUCUGGUCACCGCGGUAUGGACUUAAAGGUUGGUAUUUUCUUCUCCUUCUUCCUCGUUUUCUUGUUCUUUUUCUUCAUCUUCUCUGCAUUUUCUCUCUUUGCUUUUCACUAUGCAUUUUUACAUUUCUGAACUCAUUGGAAUAGUUUAGUCCCAACAUAUUUCUUAUACUUUUGACCAGAAUGUACUCUUUUUAUUCUAAAGCAAAUACAUUCACAUGAGGUUUUGAGCUUGGCUUUAUUUUGAAAGUGUGGGCUUUUUGAACCCAGAAAUAGCCUACGUCAUAAGUCUCUUUGUACCACAAUAUCCCAUAUAUAUAUAAACCACGAAUAUAAGCGUUUCUUCUGAAAAGUUAAAUAACAGUUACAACUAUUUUAACCGUCUUGGUAUAGUUUCAUUCUUUUUUACGAUCCAAUAAUUUUUAUUAAACAUUCUCUUGGAUUUUAUGAUUACUUUUUGGAUACAAAAACUUGACAAGGAAAACUGUAUGAACAGAACGGUUUGCAUCUUUGUUUUUAGGGAAAGUGGAUGCCACCGUUGAAGUUAAAAUUGAUCGAAGACCUAAAAUAAAACGGCACAGGCCUGAUACAGGAAGUCAAGUACAGACCAGAGUGAUGCCAUUGGAAUUGAAGACUGGGAAAAUGUUCACUAAACUAGGUGGGAUUUAAACAAACAAACAAACAAACAAACAAACAGAAAAAUACGAUACCAAGCUGACGUUCGAUCUCACUCAAUUAGAAUUGUAAACCGCCUUGAGACAGUAUGUGAUAUGUGCGGUAUAUAAAUACACAUUCAUAAAUACACAUUCAUUCAUUCAUUCAUUCAUUCAUACCAACUUUCAUAAAAGUGUUGCGAGAUGAUUUUAUACAUGGUUGGUAAAGGCAACACAGCAGUCAAACCUCUGACUUGCGCAAGGGGAUUAAUUCUGGUCUUCUGCACGCCCAUUUCGCGCAAAAUUUCAAAGGAAAACACAAAGCUUAUUUGACUAGGGGUAUCAAGUUCAUUUGUCUCUUAUUUUGAACUUUAUCACAAUCAACUUGACGGAAUGGUUGUGUUCAACUUUCAAGGACAACCUGGGUCUCGCAACUUGAAAGCACGCCGCCUAGCCAUUGCAAAGGUCGCAGAUGCGCAGAAGUUUAACUACUGUGUUACUUAAGUCUAGGGAUUGCAGUAUGUCAGCGGCACUCUCAAAACCAAACAUUCAUAGUGUACUCCAUGCGAGGUAAACUUCAGCAAGAUACGUUAACUUCUUGGCUCUAAGGAGGAUGUCGCGAUUUCGGCCAAAUCCCAAGUUCAUUUGCGUCUUGUAUGCAGCUAGGAUAAGCGACGUUAAAAGCGUCCUGUAUUGCAAAAGAACAUGAAGCUCAUUCCUAGAUACUUAAGUGGUCAUCUUCAGAAUGCAUAAUAUUCACGAGUGAUAAGAGGGGGCCUACUGAGAUAUAGCUUUUAGCAAUUUAAUUUUUUGUUAUGGCUAGAGCUUUUAGAGAUAAAGUGACGAUAAAUCAAUGUAUAAUAUCUUUCUCUUCUCCACCUUUUGAACGUUUUUGAAGAUCGAUUUCUUGUGUAGAAUAUGGAGGAAUCAUCAAAAGGGAUGAGCGUGAAUUUAGCUGCACUCGAGAUGUUACUAAACAAAAAAUAUUUAGCGUAGCACUUGGUACAAAACAUAGUGAUACCGCUUCCAAAGGAGCAUGGGAAACCUCCUAAACAACAAUAGUUUAAGUAAUGGGCUUAAAUCUUAAACUUACAGGAGUGAUCAACAUCUAAUUACUUGCAAUAUCAAUGAAUUAUUCAACAAACUAAUGAUGAGAUCAGAUAAACGUAUCAGCCUGAGAGUAUUUUCAAUAUUGAUGAGAUACUAAAUUCUCAUUAUUAAUCGCGAAGGAAAUGUGUAACACGCCCAAGGGAAAAUUACAGAUAAUACUUUGAGAGUUAAAAAGUUAGAUCUCAGCUAAAUGUAACUCCUGUCGACUACGUUGUAGCUGUUAUCUAUAUAUUUUAUGUAUUGAUUAUUUUCCUUAUCAUUUGCAUCACCAGGAUCGAUCGAGCACCGAGCACAGGUGAUUCUGUACACUUUACUCAUGUCUGAUCGAUAUUUUCAAGCAGUUGACGCAGGGUUACUAUUUUACAUGAAGGCAGCUCAUAUGCUUAGUGUUCCGAGUUUCCUUCACGAGAGGAGAGCUCUUAUCAUGAAAAGGAAUGAAGUUGCACGCUACUUGACACUGAACAGGGCCGGAGCCACAGGAUCUAUGCCAGGUUGGUAGAGAUGAAGCUCACAAUCUGUACGUUUAUUGCUCACUGAGUAAUAAACGCAGGCAAUGGAACAAGCUUCUGUAAGCACCUUGGUCAGUAACACGUACGUUGUUGUAAAGCCAUCGAGUACAAAUGAUGGUGGCCUAACGAGUGGCCAGUGCGCUGUACUCCGGGUCGAGAGGUCCUGGUUCGAGACCCGGGCAGGUCAUUGUGUUGUGUUCUUGGUCAAGACACUUUACUCUCAGAGUGCCGCUCUCUCCACUCAGAGUAUAAAUGAGUACUGUCGAUUGUCAGGGAAGCCUGAUGAAAUGCUGGGGGGUACCCUUGCGAUGGAUUAGCUUCCCAUUCGGGGGGGAGUCGUAAUACUCCAUGUCACUUCAUCGAUUUGGAAACCGGGAUAAGCUCCGGCUGGGUGGGUUAAUGGGCUCGAGUAGAGACUUAACCUUUUUUUUAAUUUGUCUUAAUGACAUAAACGUAUGUUUUUUUUUAUCGCUUAGCAAUGUUGAAAGAUCACAACACCUGCAAGCGAUGUCCUCAGGUUCAAAACUGCACCACUUUUCACAAAGCAGUCGAGCAAGGAGACGGUGUAACAAGUGGUCUGGGAUCAUUAUUUAAAGAGAUGACCGAACACAUGUCCAGAACCUACGUACGCUACUUUAGAGACUGGUAUAAACUGGUUUGUCUGGAAGGUAAGGAGAUGGAACAAAAAAGAAAUCAGAACGAGAUUUGGUGUUUGGAUGGAAGCGAAAGGGAAAAACUUGGUCGCUGUUUUAGCGGGAUGGUACUGAAGUCAUGUGGUUAUGACAUGGUACAAGGGGGCAGUCAUUAUUACAGACACAAGUUCGAGCGCUGUGCAGAUCAUCCUAGCGUGAUGUCAUUACAGGAUGUGCCAAUUACGUCGGGGGACCGUGUGAUUUUAAGUGAAGAGAAUGGUGGAGCCACAGCUGUCGCGGCAGGUAGGUUUGCACAAAUUGAAAUUCUUAUCAUUUAUAGGAUCAGUCCUUGAACAAACAAACUACUUUAGAUCUCUUGGCAAAGCGAGAUUGUGCCAUCCAUUUGCCGUGGUUAUUAAAUUAUUAUGGCGCAGAAAUAACAUUAAGCUGAUUCAUUUUCAGAGCUUGUCGAAAUUGUAGAGUUGUGCGUAAACGAAGUUGCGUUAAUUUCUGAACUUGCAGCAUUUUAUGGUUCCUUCUACAUAGGGUACAUACAUGAGGUGAAGAAGAGCGAAGUUGUUGUCUCACUAGACAGAGAUUUGACUAAAAGGUAAAGAAUUCAAGUAAGGUUUCAUAAUAGAAAUAUUAAAAAAGGAUGAGAUUUAAAUGCGAAUCUGUGAAGGUUAAUGUUUGUGCCAGAAAAAGCAGUUCAUUUGAACCGGGUUUCUUUCCUCGUUUUUCUAAUGCAAAAUCAAUGGGAAUUGUUCAGUAGUGAGGUGAAUAACAAGGUAUGUUCUAAAACCUGGAACUUGCCGGAACACCGCGGAAUUAAAAAAAAAAAAAAAAAAAAAAAAAUAAACAUAAAACUUGAUUAAAAAAUAGUUUAAAAAAUAUGAGGAAAAAACUCAAUAUACAUGUUGCUCGCGCUCUUCGUGCGUCAAGUAUGCCAUCUUGGUUUUCGCUGACCAUGGAGAAUGGUGGGAUUUCGGGUUUAAGCACUUGUAGAAUAACAACGUCAAUAAAGUCGUUCACAAUAUAUAUUUUCCUAAAAACUUAAACGGGAAAUGUUAGCACUCAAUCGCUGAUGAGUUCACUACUUGCACCUACAGUUAUGAUACACACACUAAAGAAACAAGCUCCAAACUCUAUCGCCUUGACAAAGACGAGGAGUAUAGCACUCAAACAACUCUGCGGUCCAACAUGGCAAAACUGUUCAAAGGUGACUCUGACAGAGACGCUCAGCUGCGUCGCCAAAUCGUAGACUUGGAACCACCGGUGUUUUCAAGGGAAAGACGGAAUGACACAGUGACCAUGUGCAGUCAGACAUCAGAUAUCGCUCAGUUCUUCUCACAACAAUCACCGUAAGUGUUGCUCUCGCUUGAUAGAGAAAAUAACAUUUGAAUGUCAAAAGUAACGCGGAAUUAUUGGCUUCUCCCUUUCCCGCCCUGUAAUUGAGAAAGAAAUCACGAUCCUUUUUGCUAAUUAAAAGCAAAGCCAAUUGAAAUAAUUCGUAACUUGGUCAUUCGCGUUUCCCGCGCUACAUACGGUCCUCGUAUUUUUACUUUGUGUUCUUAUUGAAUCCUUUUGAUAUUUUACUUCUGAUUGUGCUCGUAGAAGCUUUGGUUUUUCCAACACUCAGUAAAUUUCGCCUCUUUCCGCGAUAGGGCCUUUGCUUGUAUGGAAGCUUUCUCCGGGCGAGCGGAGGCAAACGAUAAGCGAAUGCGAAGGGCGAGGAAGGGAGUGCGAAAAAAUUGUUAUGAUCAGUAUUUUUUUUUUUGCGCUCCUCUUCUUGCGCAUGUCUUGCGCUUCGCACUUGCCGUGCGUUUGCCUCUACUCGCCUAAAAAAUGUAAUAUUGAUCCAGUUAUGCAGACGUUUUGGAAUGUGGCUGUAGAGACAAAAUUGUAAUGGGGUAAAACUGGUUAAUUAAAGUCCAAGAAUACACACAAAGGUGCGGACAAUGUGAGUGACGCUACGUCUUCUCCACCAGAUGAAGAAGUAGCCGAUAAAGAAGAAACAGUUCAUGGCUACUAACAAGGUAGAAACGACGUAGUUUCACUGCCAUUGUCGCAUUAGUGCGUAUUCUGUGGCUGUAACGCACUCUUACAAUUAUCGACGGAGAUUUAGUUGAAGCUUGUUAUGUACAGGUCUCAAAGCAACAAAAGCCAGAAGUCCUUGCCGGACCCAGCUGUGGAGUCUAUCCUACAGGAGCUGAACUCAGGGCAACGGAAGGCGGUAUCUAAAGCCCUUGCGGCCCAUCACUAUGCGCUGAUCCUAGGUAUGCCAGGAACAGGAAAGACCACUACCAUCUCCUGCUUGGUUCGUGUGCUGGUGGCAAGUGGUAAAUCUGUUCUACUCACUAGUUACACCCAUACUGCUGUGGACAACAUUUUACUCAAGCUUAAAGAGGUUUGUCAGUGGUCUUAUUUAUUUAACUUGAUUUACUGAGGCCAGCCUAAUUUUUCAGAAUUGGGAGGCAAUUUCCGAUCUAUGAAAACUCUCACUUUCAGAAUGAGCCCAGUUGUAAAACCAUGCCAAUGUAUUAGAAUGCUUUGUGUGUGUGUAAAAAGUUGUUUUUCACAUUUGAAGUUCCACAUUUACCCUCGUUUUAACCAAGGUUUUAGUAUUUCUGUAAUGACCUGCUGUAGCUAUUAUACAUUUUUAUAGCCAGACGAAGUAAUUUAAUCGUGAUAAUGAUAUGGAUUGUUUAAAGAUUAUUCUUUGUAGGGGGAUUCUCUCUCUUGCGCUUGUUUUGGUUCAUUGUUUACUUCGAAUGUUUGGUAAUCAAUUAUCAAGAGAAGCUCGUUACUUGGCCUAACAAUAGUUGAGUGGAUUAAGCAUUAUCCGGGCUCUAUCAAGCUGCGCAAGCCUCACCAUUAAUGAAAACUUUAAGUGGUCUGUGUUUGUCAGUGUAUUCCGGGAAUUCUUGUGUUCAUUACCUCUUUAAUAGCGAAGUGCACCAGUGGAUAAGUAAAUAGGGAUGAAUUCAAGGUACAUUGUAAUUUUUCACUCAUAAUUUCAAAAUAUUGUCUAGAAAUAGGUGAUUACAAAGCGAUAAACUUAUCAUGUAAGACCAACUUCUCCUUAUAUAUUUUCAAGAAAAUAUAUGGCUGCCCGGAGGGAGAACUCAGUUCUAAUCAAAUUUUUUUAGUUAAAGAGUUAGAUGUGAACUCUGAUCUUCUUUUCCAUGUCUUUCCUUUCAGGCAAACAUAGAUUUCCUUCGUCUUGGCCAGGUCCAUAAAAUUCUUCCCAAAAUUCAAUCAUACAGCGCGCACCGGGCAGCUGCUGGCAUCAAAAGUGUCAAUGAAUUAAGGAAGUUAUACGAGUCCAAGGUAAUAUUACUGUUCAACGGCAAGAAACUGAGCAUACAGAAGUUACUGUAAAUGCACCAACGGACAACCCCCCCCCAUAAGCCUUUCUCGUCCCCCCUUCCCCCUAUAAACAAAAUUUCUGAAAUAAGAGUAGCAUUAUUAGUCAAUUUAGAUAGCAAGUGUUUCAGUUCAAAACUUACUUGCCUUUUAAAGCCUCAACCAAAAAAAUGCAUACUAAUUUGCCCCAACGUAUACAGUUGUUAUAUGGCUAAGAAAUACAUUAAUGAUUUAGACUUAUUUUUAUCAGUGUCCAUAGUAAUCUGGGGUUGAAUUGGUUUUGCGCAACUAAAGUCUCUGAAUGGUAUAUAAUUUUUACGCCAACCUUCAAACCAAUCAGAUACAAAACUAAAACCAAUUAAGACCUGGUUGCACGUGCUUUCCAACACUAUAGACAGUUUGUACAUAUUUAUCUUCUGGUUCUGUCUUGAGAAGUGCCCAAUUAUGGACGAUAUAAGCCAUUUUACAACGACAAUAUAGUUGUAUGAAGUAUUAGUUUCUGCCGUUUUUUUUUUUUUUCUAGUCUGUAGUGGCGACCACCUGUUUGGGUGUGAAACACGCCCUCUUCUCUCAACGCUCCUUUGACUACUGUAUUGUGGACGAGGCUUCCCAGAUCACCCAACCAGUGUGUAUUGGUCCUCUAAGGUACGCCCGUGUCUUUAUCUUAGUGGGUGAUCAUUAUCAGCUGCCACCCUUGGUGCAGAGUGUAGAAGCUAGGUAAGUUAAACUUUCCAUCUCAUUUUUCGUAUAUUCGUAUAUUUUUUAUAAAACUGGCAAUAUAUUUCUUCAUUUGCUAUAAAGUUAGAGCCAUAUUUCUUUACUGCGAAAAACGAUGGAACGAUCGACUCUUUAGGAGCUAUUGGCUUCAUUCUUAACGUUAGUAGAAUCUAAACGUGGAACCCUUAGAGAUGUGAUUGGCAUCUCUCCACUGGUGUAUUUUCUGGAGUCCAAACUCUAGGGUUGCACUAACCCUUUAGCGCUCCAAGCUCUCUUUACUUACGUAUCAGCAUACAGACGUGGUGCGAGUUGCCAAACCUUAGGAGAGCUAUGUUCGAAACGUUAUUACAUUCUUGAUUUUAUGGCAAUGAGAAACUAAUUUAACAAGUACUACGGAAAUGUUUUAGUUCCCUGCAUAGUUUCAGGGGGUAGUUGAGAAGUUUAUGCUCAAAUACCAGCCUACCCAGCAAUCUUAGCGUAUUGGCUAAAUAUACUUGAACGUUUUUGCUCCAUCUACAGAGAGGGUGGUAUGGACGUAAGUCUGUUUAAACGCCUUUCAGAACGACACCCACACGCGGUUGUUAGCUUAGAGCAUCAGUAUCGAAUGAAUGAAGACAUCAUGGAGCUGUCGAACACACUGAUCUAUGAACACAGGCUUAAAUGUGGUACGCAAGGCGUGGCAAGGGCAGUCUUGGAGCUGCCGAACUGGGACGAAUUUGUUUGUUAUAUGAAGGAGAAUACGGCCAAUAUCAAAGGUAUGCGACACUGAUGUUCUCAAUUCUCUACUGUAAUUUGCGUUGGUCGAUGUUCAUUUUGUUUCUAUGUGGCAAGGCAUAUGUUAGCUCUUAAAGUAUUAUACAUUAAGGCCCCCACAAUUUUUUUGUUCGGCGAGCGAAUCUUUCUCUUUCGGUAAGAGUAUACCGUAAAAAUUAUCUAAAGAGGUCCCCGUACACUUAUCGGGGUAAUUCUUAGUGAUUAUUAGCUGCCUUCCUUGCCGAAAAAUUCGAGUGCUGAACAAGCGAUGGACAAAUCGGGAUAGAAAAUUACAAUCAAUUUUAACUUUUCAACUUGAGGCGUAACAUCUCAAAUAUUCUCCUCACUCGCAAACUAAAAGUAUAAAACAUACAAGUCUCAGUAAUUGUAGGUCAGGGGUAUUAUAAACACGUCAUCCAAACUUUGAAAGGAUUUACUCGAAUAUUUAUCCAUUCUCUCCCCCUAAAAUCGCGGAAAAAGAUUGUUGAGACAAAUUUUAUUUUGGUCGAGGAGAACUCAAAGGAAGCAGCACUCAACGGAAGUACGGUGCCAUUUAAGCAUGUGUAAGGAAAGUAACUGAAACUUUAUCUGAGAUAUUUUAACAGAUUUUUCCGCGUUUGUAGGUAACUGGAUACUAGACACACUCUUGCCCAGUCGACCGGUGGUGUUCUUAGACACGGAUAGGGUCCCCGCGCCUGAGUCUCGUUCAGAGCACUUGGUUUCAAACGAGACAGAGGCCGCGAUCGUUCACCAACUAGCUUGCGCACUCUUGAAAGCCGGCCUCCAGCCUGCAUCACUCGGUAUAAUCUCUCCGUACAGGCACCAACUCAAGCUCAUAACGCAGAUUUUUCAUCGAGACGCCGACACCAAACAAAACGAAAUCGAAAUCAACACCGUGGAUAAAUAUCAAGGUCGAGAUAAGGCCUGCAUCAUAGUGUCUUUAGUUCGUAAUAACGAGCACUCCAACGUGGGAGACCUGCUAAGGGAUUGGCGCCGAGUUAACGUGGCGGUAACUCGUGCGAAGCAGAAAUUGAUUUUGAUUGGUUCGCUCAUGACACUGAAAGGUAGCUUGCUACUCCAGGAGCUUUUUGACCUGCUGGAGCUAAAAGACUGGGUGCAAGUUCUACCUUACGAUGGGCAAAAGAUGUUCGAGUUUUUGACAAAAUCUUUCCAGACUUCUCCCGGUAAGGGCCUGGAAACCCAGUGAACCUACGAAAAGAAUUUAAAGUAUUUGCCAAACUUUUGGCGUAGUCAUUACUCGCAAAUUGAUGCUUCAAUUUAUUAAUUGCUAAGGAUUGGUUAUCGCUUGUCGAAUGAUAAUUUUUGUGUGGUAAAAUUCCUUGUUUCGUUGUUUGUUACAUUUUUUCGCUGGCCAAAGAAUAUUUGUAUUGAGUUUAUUAUCACAUCGUAAUUUCAGAUAUGUUAACAUAACUGUCAGUUAACGAUGACUUGUAUAGUGAAACGGAAAGGUCUGUCACGUUCUUUUCUGUAUGUAUUGUAUCCUCCUUGCCGUGAUGGUUUAAGACCCGUAAAGAGGGUGCUGAAUCGAAACGCGCCAGGGAUUUUCCUGGCCAACUCAGAAAUAUUGACAGAUUCUGUGUUCUCUAAAUUUUGUAAAAGUGACUCAGCCCACUGUUACGUCUUUGGUUCACAAACGCCAUCGGACAUUCCGCGAAAAAAGCUAGUACUGAUUUAAAACUCACUAACCCGAGGAAUUUUUAAAGGAUCUUCCUUAGAAUAAAGAAAGACAUAUGCAUGUAGCAGCAAGCUUACCCCUAAGAAGUACACGGCCGUUGGUUGUUUCUUGCUACUAGCCGCGAGAAUGGGUAGCUUUAAGCACUAACGUCUAUGAAUUACCAAGUAAGUCCGUCUGAUAUCCAAUCUCCGUAAAGUCUUCGUGAGCCCAAUGUUCGGGAAACCUAUAAAGCCAACCAGUGCGCUCGUGGCCAAAUCCUCGACUGGUUUCCGUCGCCAAUCAAGAAUGAGACCAUCGACGGCAUUGACUCGUUAUUUCUCGCCACUUGUUGAAUACCUUUUGUGGUA